AUGGUCCAGGACAAACCUCGAUGCGCGUACAAUUCAUCGUCAUCUUCAUCAUCAUCAUCAUCAUCAUCAUCAUCGUCGUCAUUGUCGUCGUCGUCUUUGUUGUCGUAUAAAAAUUGGAUGAUGCCAGGUGAGAUUGAUAAGGACGUGCGAAGGGUGAGGCAGCACUGUGAUUACCGUGCAAGUUGCCCUAUAAAAAAUCAUUUAAUAUCGAGAAUAAAAAAUAACGAUGAAUUGAUAAGAGGAUUAUCAGGGAGGAAUUAUAGUCCUACCUUAAUAAUAAUCAAUAGAUCUUAUGAAAGAUCUAAUAAGAUUUAUCGUCGUAACAAUGACGAUGAUGACGAUGACAACGAUGGGAACAAUGACGACGACGAAGAAGACUAUAACUACGACGACGAAGAGGAACAAGGUCAUCGUCGUUUUAGGAUUAACAGUGAUAAUCGUCGAUCGUGUUCUUGUUACUAUCAUCAUCAUCAUCAUCAUCAUCAUCAUCAUCAUAAUCAGCAGCAACAGCAACAGCAACAGCAACAUCAGCAGCAGCAGCAGCAGCAGCAGCAGCAGCAUAAUCGACGUUAUUAUUACAAAUGGCGACGAUCGAGUCUGGAUAUUGUCAAGGACAAUAAUGAUAUAUUAAUAAACGAUGACAAUGUUCCUGUUGAUAUCUUUGGACCAUGUAGUACCACCACCACCACCAUUACUACUACUACUACUACUACUACCGAUAUUACAACUAUCAUUACUACUACUACUACUAGUACUACUACUACUACUACUGUUGCUACUGUUGCUGCUGUUACUGCUGCUGCUGCUGUUGCUGCUGCUGCUGCUACCACUACUACUACCACCACCACUACCACCACCAGCAGCAGCAGCACUACUACAACUGCUACUCCUACGUUGUGGAACACAGCAACGACGACGACGAAUAUGACGACAACCAAUAGAUUUUCGAACAGAAGAACCUUGUCUUGUUCUUUAGAGACUACCAGUAGUAAUACUACUAUAGCUGCUACGACUCCUCCUUAUCAUCAUCAUCAUCAUCAUCAUCAUCAUCAUCAUCAUCAUCAUUAUUAUUAUCAUUAUCAUCAUCAUCAUCAUCGUUAUUAUCAUCGUUAUUGUCAUCGUCAUCAUCACCAUCAUCAUCACCACCACCACUCGUCGUCGUCGUCAACGUCGUCGUCAACGUCGUCGUCAACGUCAUCGUCGUCGUCGUCGUCGUCGUCGUCAUCGUCAACGUCAUCAUCGUCCUCGUCACUGUUAUAUCCGUCGUCGAUAUUAUUAUCCUGCGGUAUAAAUCAAAUAGCAACGUUAUUUGCAAUCGGUAGUAUCGUCGGUAGUGUUGUCGUCGUUAGUGCCGCACCGAUCGAUUUGAUUAACGACGCCGGUGUUAGAGCUGAGAGAUCGGCGAAUCUCUCCCACAUUACUGGAGCAUCGAGGAAGAUACAGAUGUACAUUAAGAAUCGGCACCUACAGAUCCUGCCUGACGGCACGGUUAACGGCUCCAAUGACGACACUUCCGAUUACACGAUUUUUCAAAGGACUUCGGUGUCGAGAGGUCAACUGAGAAUUCAGGGUGUCGCGACUUGCCUUUACCUCUGCAUGGAUUCCUGCGGUCUGCUUUAUGGCUCGAGAGAGUAUACGGAGGACUGCGUGUUCAACGAGACGUUGGAGCAGCACAACUACAACACGUACAGCUCGGUAAGAUGGUCGACCGGGAAAAAGACACUUUACCUUGGAUUAAAUCGUCGUGGACAACCUAGGAGGGUACAAGCUAAAGGUCAUACACUUGGAAGAUUGUCGGCAUACGCUAGGGUGUUAACGCAAGUGGCACCGCCCGAUCGAGUUGAGGCCCUGCAUAGGAGAAUGUCAGGCGCCGAGCACAAUGUACGCCAUCGGCACGGUAGCCAUUCUCAUCGGCAGCAACAUCGGCAUCACCAACAGGAACAACAACAGCAACAACAACAACAACAACAACAACAACAACAACAACAUCAUCAGAGUGAACUUAGUCAACAGCAACAGCAACAGCAUCAUCAACAUCAACAGCAGAAUCAGCAACAUCAACAGCAACAGCAACAACAACAGCAACAACAGCUGCAAACGAUCUGUCCCAAUCUUCCGGCCCAAGAGAAGGACGGUAGGGAUAGGUUUAGAUGUCGCAAACGUAAAAAACGAAAGAAGAGAAAACGUCGGUGCAGACCCGGGGAGAAAGUCGGUCCGCAGUGUCAAUUGCCGGAAGAAAGGGACCCAUCGUCCGUAUCCGGGAUAACAUUGAACUCGGAGACUUCCUCUCCUGAAUCUAAAAGAUCGUGCGAGGGUGCUGCCGGCGAGGAAGCAUGUAGAAGAGAGGCAUUAUCCUCUACAUCGAAAAAGAAAAAAUCCCGGAUAGGAGAUGGGACCUUGUUGGAGGUACAUACGGAAGAUUCGUCUACGAGAGGGAAUACCAUGACUACAAUGAUCACCACCGAGGCGACCUUGACGACAGAGGACGACGUGACGUUGGAUGUGCCAACGGUAACAUCUAGCAACGGCAAUGGCAACGGCAACGGCAACGGCAACGGCAAUGGCAACAACAGCAACUCCACCAACAGCAACGCCACCCACGAGGAGAAGGAUGAGGGGGAGGACGAGGAUGAGGAGGAUGAGGAAGAGGAGGUGGAGCUCCUAACCACGACUAGGAGCAUCGGUAAGAACCUUGAAAAAGCAACCUCAAAAAAGACAAACGUCGCCGGCACCAUUAGUCAAAGUAAAAAGCCUGAUUUGCUGGACGGUAAGAAGAGGAAGAUGAAGAAAAGGAAGAAAAAAAAGAAGAAGGGAAAGAGGGGUCCAGGUUGGCCGAGGAGGAGGAACCCGUUAGCCAGGAAGAAAUCCGAGAGCGUGAAGCGGACGGACGAGGAGGAGGCGACAGGGGCAGCGGAGGAUGCGGAGGAGGAUGCCGGGGAAGGGGAGAUGGAGGAGGAGGAGGAGCAGGAUCAGGAGGAGGAGGCGAUGGAGGAGAAGAGGAAGAGGAAGAAGAAGAAGAAGAAGUUUGCGAAGGAGGAGAGAAGGGGGGGAGAAGAGAUUGCGGAGGGAUUGGAGGAAAGGAGAGAUUUAAAGAAGAAGAGGAGGAAGGAGGAAAGGGAAAGGAUGGAGGAGCCGGCGAAGGAGGUGGACGUGGAGGAGGAGGAGGAGGAGAGAAAGAAGAAGAAGAAGAAGAAGAAGGUGGAAAAGGUGGAGGAUAUGAAGGAUAUAGUCGGCAGGAUCAGCGAGCCAGUCGCGGAAAUACCGUUUGCAUCAACGACGACCUCCUCGCUCUCCUUAUCAUCCUAUUCCUCAGCCUUGUCCUCGAACCGUUCCUCUUACUUCGACGUUGGUGGUUCACGUGGCUCGUCCCAAAGACGAAAGAAGACACCGAAGAUGACGAACUCACGAACGACGUUGGCGUCGCCGUCGUCGUCGUCGCCGUUGGUGCCGGCGUCGGCGUUGACGUUGCCGAAGAGGAGGAAAGCCGCGUUCUCCUCCUCUUCUUCUCAGAAACAAUUGCGUCAUGGCGUACGACGAAACGCCAGCGGUACAUUAUUGUCCUUCUCGUCGCCGAGGAAUCCAAGAAAGUUAAAGGGAUUUAUUACCUCGUCAGAUUUGCGUCGCUCUACGGCGAUCCUUAAUUCGAACGAGAGGAGAGAGGAGAAUACCAAUCGAGAUUCGUCCAAGGACGUUGUCUUCGACUCGUUAACAACGUCGUCAUCGCCAUCGACAUUGCCAUUGCUGCCAUCGCCAUCGCCAUCGUCGUCGCCAUCGUCGUCGUCGUCGUCAUCGUCGUCGUCGUCCUCAUCGUCGUCGUCCUUGUCGACGAUGACGACGACGACGAUGACGACGACUACGAGGACGAGGACGACGGCCAUGACGACGACGACGACGGCAAUGAUGACCGAAACGAUGACGACGGCGAACGCACUGACGACGACUAUGAUGACUAAAACUAUGACCAAAACGAUAACCACUAAGACGAUAGUUCCUGAUACAAGUCGUCCCGAAGUAUCGAGUUUUCCUCCCUUCCUUAAGAGGAACUCUUCCUCCUUGUUUAAUACGUCUACCUCUACCUCCAACUCUCCUCCCUCUUCCACCACCUCCGCACCCUCUUCCUCCUCCUCCUCCUCUUUCUCAUCCUGUGUCGACUCAAGCGAGACGAGCAACUCGUCGCCUCUCGCUACCUUUUUGGAGUCCACUAGCACGAUAAAGAAGAAGACGACGACGAAGAAUAAGAAGAAAACGAACGAAGGGGAGGAGAGGAAGGAGAACGAAGAGAAGGAUGACGACGAUGGCGAAGACGAAGACGAAGAAUCAUCGAGCGAGAGAAGUACGAAAAAGACCGAGCGUUUACUCGGUAUCGAGAGACUGGCCAUGUAAUGGGGUGAAAAAAAGAAAAAAAAGAAAGAAAAAAAUGAAAAAAAGAAAAAAAAAUGAAAAAAAAAAGAAAAAAAAAACAGAAAAGAGAAAAGAAAAGGGAAAGAAAAAGGAAAAAAAAAAGGAUAAA